AUGGCUAUCAUACGAAGCAAAUGGCCGGACGUAAACAUUCCUGAGAAUUUAUCUUUGACUGAAUUCGUUUUCAAGAACUUCGACAUUUACGGAAACAGGCCAGCGAUUGUAAGAAUUGUUCUCUACUUUUCCUUAAUUUGUGUUACGUGGAUUGUUUUAUUUUAUGUCAAUUUGCUCAUUCUCUUUUUAAAAUCUGCUGAAUGUUUCAGCGUUUGGUUUUGUGGGUCUUAUUCGCCUUACUCUUGCUUUUUAAGCGGAGGGCGAUCGGGCACGAUCAGUAGAUGCAUAAAAUGUUUUUACUUUACCCCUUUUGGUUUUGUCGUUGAAAAAUACAUUGAAAGUAACAAGAAGUACUAAAAACGUAAAGAGGACUUAGUGUUUUUUGUUUCUUUCAAUUUAUUUCAUGAGGCUUUUUGUGCUUUGUUUUCAUUAAUAUUUGUCCAAGGCAUGGCUCGAUUGCGUGACAGCUGUUUUUUCACUUAUCUGCAUGGACUGCAUGAAAGCUCUGCAAGUACCAUGUCACGUACUAAACAAAAACGUUGCUGUCAUCAAAAUGGAGUUUGGGUGCCAUAGAGUGAAAAUAUUGUACUUGGAAAUGUAGUGUUUUUCGGAACACCUAUUACAAAUUUAUGUUCCAGUGGACAGUUGUUUUGCCCAGAUUUUAGGACAAAUCUUCUCUACAGGAGUUAAUGCACUUAGCAAAACAAAUAUGGAGGCGUUGAGGCAUAUUACAUGUAAGGGAUUAAAAGGUCCCACUUCCGGUUGACAUGCAGUGCUCAAAAACGCCCCCAUUAUCUCCCAGGUAAUUGUUCAGCAGUUUCCAAGUCAUGUGUUCCCACUUUAACAAAAGUAAAGUCAGUCUGACUGCCACUCUUCAAAUUCACGAUGCUUCCUGAAGGGGCACCAUGGCUGCCUUUAUUCUGUUCAGGAACCUGAUGCAGCCAGAGGUGUCCUUGCUGAUCGAGUGAACAUAUUUGUCUUAUACAGAUUGAUGGUUUUUCCGGAAGAUUUAUUACCUUUGCUGAGCUCAAAGAUAAAACACGCCGCUUCAGCUCUGCACUGGCAAAGAGAGGCUUUAAAAAGGGUGAUGUCAUGGCUAUGUAUCUUCCAAAUGUUGUAGAAUACCCGAUUAUCUUCCAUGGCGCUGCAAACCUGGGUGGAGUUGUCACAACACUAAAUCCCCAAUGCACUCGAGAAGAACUUUGUCGCUUCAUGAAAAUCUCCAGGGCAAAUUUCGUAGUAACCUCUCCUGAUCUUGCCCAAAAAGCUUUCAAAAGUGGCGUUUUGGAAAAAGUUUGUUCGGUCUUUGUCAUUGGGCAAUCAGAGAACUUCGAAUCCGUUUCCUCUCUUUUAGCCGAUGAUGGAACAGCAUUCCCCAAGGAUGUGAAAAUCAAUCCAAGAGAAGAUGUCGUGACUUUGUUGUUCUCUAGUGGAACAACGGGGGCUUCCAAAGGAGUGAUGCUCACGCAUUAUAAUCUUAUAGCACAGUGUCGUAUCCUUUAUGGAGAUUUUAACCCUCUUGAGGACGCAGGAACUGUUAUCAAUGUGUUACCUCCUUUCCACGUCUAUGGCUUAUCAGUAAUUUGCUGGUCACGUCUUCACGCUGGGCGUAAAAUUGUUCUGCUGAGACGUUUUGAUCCUAAAGUGUUUCUCCAAGCCAUUCAAGACUACAAGGUUAGUUUCUAA